GACUGCGACUCGCGGUAGUAGUAUUCGAGACGUCGUCGUAAACCGCUCCGCAUCCGCGAGACGUACACACUCGCGUUUGCGCGCGAAUUUUUCUCGUCGCGCCCGCGCUACGCGCAAUAGGUAGGUACGGUACUGCGCGAUAGUUUUUUGUUUUUACAUAAGGACGACCUUUGUGAUAUAUCAUAUUUUAAUCGUGUCGUCGAAACCGUUGUGCCACCGAAAAAAUGUACUUAUAAUAAUAAAUCGCGUUCGUUGUGAUUCAUUUAAUGCGUUAAUAUACACAUAUAUAUUAUAUCGUUUAAUAGUGACAGAAAGUGAUAAUAAUAUCGUCUGCAAAAGCGUCGACGAGAACAUCCGAACUCGCGGUUCGUCUCUCCCAACAGCGACGGCGCCGGCAGAGAAGACUGCUCUUGUAGCAGUACCUAUACUUAUAUUCACCGACACAGACCAUCGAUCACUGCAAUUAUUCAAAGCUACUGAGUGAUUUUGACGCACGGACAUUAGCGCAUAAGAAACGUCAUCAGGGUUCGGUCGGAUGCGCGACGACUUUGAUCUUCAGCUGGUGCGGCAGCAGCAGCAGCAACACUUGCAGCAGGAAGACGUAGUCGUCGCCGACGACGACGAUCAGCGGAGGAGGAGUAGACGGCGGAUGCACCAACACCAGCAACACCACCACCAGAACCACGACGACGACGACGACGGGGACGACGGAGACGACGACGACGACGGCGGAGAAAACGCCACCGACGACGGUGACGGCAGUGGCAGCGGUGUCGGUGUCGGCGGUGACGAUCGCGACGGUAACCGUCAUCAGCGGAACAACGACGUCAGUGAACCGGACGCCAAUCGGUUGUUGAACGACACGGACGAUACGGAAGACGAAGCUGACGUCGUCGUCGGCGGUGGUGCGAGCGCGUGCAGCGACGCGACUGCCAACGCGACGGCCAACAGCACCGGCGACGGUGGUGUUGGUGCCGACGUGGACGACGACGACGACGACGACGACGACGUGGACAUGAUGAUGAUGAUAGAUUCGGGUAGACAGCCGACGGUCAUCGGCGGCGGCGAGUCUUCUUCGCCACCGCCACCGUCGCAGCCCGUUACACUUGGCUCGACCAAAGUCGACACGGCCACGACAUCCUCGUCAUCGUCUUCGACGUCGCCGCCACCGCCGUCCACUUCGACAGUGCCGAUGCCGUCUAUCACCACCAGUACCGCGAGUACAACCGCCGCAGGCCAACAGCAGGAUGAUUACGAUAUGACGACAACGGUUCCCAGUGUCAGUUACAGCGGUAUUGGCGACGGUUACCCCACUUCUGUACCGUCAGUGGGUCUUGCCGACAUGAUUGGCAGCGCCGGUAAUCACCUUCACCCACACCACCAUCACCAUUUGCUCCUUUUACAUCACCAGCAGCAGCAGCAGCAGCAACAACAGCAGCAACAACACCAUCAGCACUCUCACCAGUCGCAGCACCAAACCAGCGGUACUGCGGCCACCGGAUAUUACGGCGCUGACGCGGUCGGCGGCCAACAUCACCAUCCAUCGGCGACGGUGCUGCCACUGCCACCACCACCGCCACCGCUACCGUUACUGCUGCACGAACAACAGCAGCAGCAAAUCGGUGGGGAUUUACAGUUACAACUCCAGUUGCACCACCAGCAUCAACAUCAGCACCAGCAGCAACAACAUCAACACCAGCAGCACCAGCAACUGUUGCAGCAGCACCAACACCAGCAACACCAGCAGCAACACCAACACGAAGACUUAUCUCGCCACCUUCAUCACCACCACCAUCAAUUGCAACUGCAGCAACAGCAUCUUGUCGAUCAUCAGCACCAUCAUCACGAACUCACUAGUGCCGCUGCUCAUCACCAUCUGCAGCAGCAACAACACCAGCAGCAACAGCAUCAGCAGUUUUCAACCACUCAUCCACACCACCCACAGUACCUCCAACAGCAACAACAGCGGCAACAGUUCUCGCCGGCUACGGCUGCGGUCACCGCCGCCGCAGCCGCCCUUACUCACCCGCACUAUCACCAGCACCAGCAUCACCACUUGCAGCACCAACAACAUGGCGUCAGCGACGGUGGUGGCGCAGGUGACGAUGACGAUGAGGACGUAGUAACAGCCGCCGCCGCGGCUGCAGCCGAUAAUGGUGGAUAUCCGUCGUCGUCGUCGGCGACGGCCGCUGCCGCCACAGCUGCCGCUUAUGCAGCAGCGGCGGCACUAUACGGUGGUAACUCCGGUGGCCAGGGACAUCACGGUGUUCAUCACCAUGGAGGCCACCACCAGCAGCCACAACAACAGCACAUGCUACAACCACCAGUUGUGCCGGCAGCACCGCAUCAGCAACACGGCAUGCAGCAACAACACCACCACCAGAUGAUGGUGAUCGGUGGCAGUGUUCCUCCGUUAACUACCGCUCCACCGGCAUCCGAUAGUCCUCCUACACCCGCCUUGAUGCAACUGAGGGCAGCUGCAGCCGCUGCCGCGGCCGCAGCGGUGGAUCCAACCGCUGGAGCGGUGUUGUCAUCACCACCCGCCAGCAAGGCGACUAGACGGACAGCAUCAUCAGCGGCCAUAAAUGAUGCGGUCGGUGGCAGCGGGGGCGGUGGAACAACUGGCCGUUGCGGCAGUGGUCGCGGCCGGGGUCGUAGACCGGCCGCCGGUGUUUCGGCUGCGGCCGCGGCGGCGCUACAGCAGCAGCAACAGCAGCAACCGUUACUAUUGCACCCACAACACACGCACCCACACCACCACCCACACAUGCAACAGCAGCAAUUCGGCAGCGGUGGACCACCGGUCGUAUCGGCGACGGCAGCGGCGGCGGCGGUGGCCACGGAACAGCAACAGAGCCCGCCGCUUGACAGGGUGUUCGUGUGGGAUCUAGACGAAACCAUCAUCGUAUUUAACUCGUUGUUGACGGGUGGCUACGCGGUGGCUCACGGCAAGGACCAGCGGGUCAUGCAGCAACUCGGGUACCGGAUGGAAGAGAUGAUAUUCACGUUGGCCGAUCAGAAUUUCUUUUUCAACGAAAUCGAGGAGUGUGGCGGCGGCGACCAGGCGCAGCACAUCGACGACGCCGCGUCCGACGACAAUGGCCAGGACCUGUCUGGCUACGACUUUGGUGCCGACGGGUUUUCCGCGUCCACAGCCUCCACCCAACACCACCAAAACCACUUUAUCAACCAGCACCACUUCAACAGCACUGGUGCGAGUUCUGGCAAUAAUCACCAGCAACACCUGCAGUACCACCAGCAGCAGCAACAGCACCAGCAACAGCAGCAACACCAUCACCCGCACCAACACCAGCAGUAUCAGACGCAGCCGUACCAGCACCAGCAACACCAGCAGCACCAACACCACCACUUGAUGGGUGCCGGUGGCGGGGGCCCGGCCGUCGCCAAUCCGUCGUCCGCCGGCGGUCUGAGGGGAAGCGGUGGCCUGAGGGGUGGUGCUGUUGGAGGUGGUUCCGGCGGCGGCGGUGGCGUGGACUGGAUGAGGAAGUUGGCGUUCCGGUACCGACGGGUCAAGGAGUUGUACAACCAGUACCGGAACUCGGUCGGAGGUCUGUUAGGACCUGGCAAACGGGACGCUUGGCUUCAGCUUAGAAGCGACAUCGAAUUGCAUACAGACGACUGGCUAACGAUGGCUGUCAAGUGCUUAAACGUCAUCAAUUCUAGGCCUAACUGUGUCAACGUGUUGGUUACCACCACGCACCUGAUACCAGCGCUGGCCAAGCUGCUCCUAUACGGUCUCGGACAACAUUUUGCCGUGGAAAACGUGUACUCGGCCUCCGGUGGCGGUGGAGGUCCAUCGACGGGCGGUGGUAAGUCCGGUGGUGGCGGCGGUGGCACUCCGGGGUCUGCAACAUCGACUGGAUCGUCAAAAGAGUCGUGUUUUGACCGGGUGGUACAGAGGUACGGCCGUAAAUGCACGUAUGUGGUUAUCGGUGAUGGAGCUGAAGAGGAAAGGGCCGCCAGACAGAUGAAUUUUCCGUUCUGGCGGGUGUCCGGUCACAGUGACCUUCAGGCUCUGUACAACGCCCUCGACAUGGGAUUUCUCUAAACUGACUAGAUACUACUAAACGGAAACAGCAGCAUCAUCAGUGAUAACAUCGGCAGUGUCAGCAGCAGCAUCAUCAGUGUCAGUGAUAUCGUCGUGUAUAUAUAAUAAUAAUAUGUGUGAGAUUCGACCCAGUGACGACGUUAUAAUAAUAUUAUAUAGUAUUUUUUAUUUUAUUAUUUAGUAGUAUUGAAUUGUUGCGUGUAAAUAAUAAUGUAAUAUUAUUAUAUUAUAAAUAUAUAAUAUAAACCACACGAGUAUCGCGACAACGGCGGUGUAGUGUAUAUAAUAAUCAAUUAGAAACGCCGUCGUAAAUUAUGUGUUUUAAAAUGUUUGUAUAUUAUUACGUUUUAUUUUUAUGUGUCUACAAUGUUUUUGGAGUGACUGUGAGUUCGUAUUUUUGUUCUCACGUGUAAUAUUAUAUUAUAAUAUAUCAUUAUUACUCUGUA